UGCUCAUCUGCUGUUAGGAUCAGCUCCUACCUUCCGUUCCCUAAAGCACUGUACAUUGUAAAGCAAUGGAAGGAAGAAGGACGAUGGUCCCCAGCAUUAGAGAGCUGCCUGGAAGGGGUUUGUGACAGAUCGAUCCAGGGGAGCUGCAGCCAGCCAAAGCAGCCUCACAAGUGGGGUGUGGGCUACGGAGACAUGGCCAAGGCACCCAGGGAUUCUAUUCUUUUUUUUUGAGCCAAUUGCUCUAAUCACUAGCCCACAUUGCCCUCUGUUGUCAGGUGUUUCAGAAGGGACAUUGACAGAUGCACUUUAUUUCUUUCUCCCUGCUUUGUGCAGCCAGACUCAGCUCUCUAAGCAGCCCCGUUCAGUUAAUUUUAACCAGUUUAUUGCUAGACUCAAGGGGUGGCGCUUAACUGCCAUUGACUUCAGUAGGAGUGAGGCACCCAACACUCUUAGCCAGGUUUGAAAAUCCCACUAGGCACCUGUCUGCAUUUAUAGGCACCUACAUACCUUUGCAAAUCUGGCCCAAAGUCACUUUUGGAAAUGGGACUUAGACUAUUUUGAAAAUCGUGUCUUAUGUUGUUUUUUUUCUCACACAUGCCAGAGCUUUCAGUCUGAUGAUCCACAGUGCGGUUAACAGUCCUCCAAGACAAGACAAGACAACAACCUUUACAUGUCUGCGUUGUGCCACCAAGAACUGUGCUACAAUAAACCAAACAUGGAAGGCUGAGGAGGAUUGACAUUGGGAUUGUCAGAGGCCCUAAGUGGUUUAGGAGCAUUUUCCUUUGAAAAUCAAUGGGGCUUGUGCUCCGAACUCAUGUGGGUUUGUUUAUUUACAUCAUCCAUAUUCUGGACAUUUAAUUAUUCUGAAUUAUUAUUUACAUCCCUGUGCCACUAGAACGCAGAGAAAAUCUACAAGAAAUGCUGUAGCCUCUGCAGAGACUUUAACCCACCCAUCACCACAGCACAUCCUCCUCGGAGGCGUCCCUCACUGGAAAUGACCAAGACACUGUACCCAGUCACUGCAGCAGUGCACUCGGCGUCAGCCUUUGGGCCAGUGUGUCAGGAUUUUCUCCUACUAUUUUUAUGAACAUGAUCUUUGCCGAGUAUCUGCUUUUAUCUUCCUUAGUGCUGGGAGUGCAGUUAUUUCUGCACCAGACUCAGCGGAUCCAGUUUGUUGAAGUUAGUGACACCGCAAAGAUCCACUGUUCUUCCACAGAAAACUUGGAGGGAGGAAGUAGCAUGUUUUGGUAUUUGAGAAGAGAAGGUGAGAAACCCACCUGCAUUAAGCGCUGUUUGGAUGACCAAAAUGUAAGUAAAUUUGCUUGCAAACAUGAGACACACAGCUCGACACUGGAAAUCAGCAACGUCCAAAAGACUGAAUCUGGCAUUUACUACUGUGCAUUUGAAUACAGCAGCUACCUGAUUUUCGGGAAUGGAUCCACACUGAUCGUUGGAGACAGUUAUACCAAGAGCAGCUGGGUGAUGCUUCUGGUCCCAUUUCCACAUGGCAGUCAAGACACUGGGACAGCGAAUCUGGCUUGUGUGAUCCGUGGAGUGUCCAGCCCAGUCCAUGUUUCCUGGAGUGUUUCUGGGGAGCUGCAGGAACAGGGGCUGACGCGCUCAUUGAAAGCAAAGGAUGGAUCUUUAACGCUCAUAAAUCAUAUCAGCGUCCCCAUGGACACCUGGACCAGUGGGAAGAAUUUCACCUGUGAAGUCAAAUUCAACUCUUCUGGCAACAGUGUGAAGACAAGUACCAGAUAUUCUGCAACCCCUGCCAGGGAGUGCUCACUUUACAUUGUGCCCCUUGCGGCUGGUGCUGGUCUGCUGCUGCUGGUGGUGUCUCUGAGCCUCGUCUGGACCCUCUGCCCUUCCACGCUAGGAUUCCAGCCCAGGGUCUCAGCACCCCCAGCUUCACAGGAGCACCAGGGUGGAAUCUUAUACGCUCAUCUGGAUUUUGAUUCACGGAAUCGCAAUGGGCGCACGAUGCAGCGAUCGGCCACAGGGAAACAUGUAAAAGCCUGAACUGUCUAGUGCAGGGGAAUCCACACAUGGGAACUGAUAGCUGGUUCUCUGCUGAUCGGACGUAGCAGCUGGAAGAAGGCUCUGUUUGUCUCCGUCUCCUUUCUUUUUGUAUUUUCUCCACUUCUCUGUUUAGAAUAAAAAGAUCAGAAGAUC